UUUUUUUGUCUUUUUCUCUUUUUCUACUGCCUACUGCACUUCCUUUCCCAUUACGUCAUCCUUUUUCAUUAACGCUGACUAAUUCGUCGAUAAGAGAACAUAUUACAUAAAACGUUUAUUCAUAACGCGUUUUUACUCGUGUGCGACAAAAUAUUAAUUUACAUAAUGGAUCACGUUUAAAUCAGCGAGACAAAUUGACGACGGGGGAUCAAUAAUGACGCAUUGUUGCGAUUAAUUUUGCUAGCGUUGCCUGGCAGUGACACGUAUUCGAUAUCGAAUUUCCCUGAUUACCGUGACAGGAGGAAUGCAUAACAAUAUAUUCAAUCGAGGGGAAAAAAAAGCAGUGCAGGUGUACGAGCAUCGUCAUAGUCACGUUGGUUCUUCUACGACUGAAACUGAAUUCGCAGCAUGUCAUCUUCACGCUACGUCUUCCUUCUUCCUCUUCUUUUGGUGAUUGGGACACGCGAUAGAAUGGGAUUUGCACUUACUUUGGACAAAGUUGCAUUAUAUGAAAACUGUACAGUUUUUGACAAAUCGGAUAUAUAUGGCGGUCCAGUAUGCGGUGAUAAUGGGGUAACAUACGCUAAUAGUUUAUACUUGGAUUGUAAAAAUCAUUACACUCGUGAUACUGUUGCCACAUUACACUCCGGUCCGUGCUUGGAGAACGAAGAAUAUUGCAGCAUCAAUCUAUAUUACGAGCCAGUUUGCGGGUCGGAUCGUAAGAUUUACACUAAUAUGCAAUCUCUGUUAUGCGUUCGUCGUAAGCAAUCGAAAGAUUUAACAGCCGUGCCGAUGAAGGACUGCCAACAGAACGAUUACUGUUACCGAAGCGGCACUGAGCAUUACGGUGUGAAUCCGGUCUGCGCUAAUAAUGGACUCACUUAUCAGAACGCGGCGCAGCUCAAAUGCCUGCAACGACAUAAUCCCGAUCUGAAUGUAAUUUCCAAUGGGGAGUGCGACACGCACAGCCACGAAUCCUGCAUAGAGGCGCACACAAAUACCACGGUUUUACCGAACGGUGAAUACGCGAACGACGCCUUCACCGCAGACGACGAGGUUUGCGGGAACGACGGUCGCACGUAUCAGAGUAUACAUCACUUGCAAUGCCACACUCGUCACGAUAAAUAUCUGUUUUUAAAGCAUGACGGACCGUGUUCGGGACCGGAUGACCAUCCCUGCGGAUCGGUACCGGAAGAAGAGCACAGGCAACCGGUAUGCGGCAUCGAUGGCCGGUCUUACGUGAGCCCGGAGGCUCUCUGGUGCGCCAAAUUACGCUCCCCGGAAAAAGAUAUUGCUUACAGACAUGAUGGUCCAUGUUAACGAGGACAUUGUCAAGAGUCGAAGCGAAGAAAUAUCAAACGUAGAAGAAAAUAUCACGCAGUCGCAAAAAAUGCCAGGUUACUCGAUUUGUGUGGAAAAAAACAAGAGUGAACUUCCUUCAAAAUGUUAAAGCGUAAUAAAAAUAAAUUAGUAAAAAA